AUGAUCUCUUUCAAUGCUAUUAUGAAAAGUACUCCAAUAACGUUAACUAUCCUUGGAAAUGGAGAAAGUGAAAUUGGCUCUUCUUUUAUAUUAGCCUUAGAAAAAAAUAGGUACAUUUUUAAUAUUCCUGAAGGUGUCCAACGAUGUUGUAUGGAAUAUAAAUUAAAAUUACCGAGAAUGACUAAAAUUCUUUUUACUUCAAGUGAUUGGAGUUGUUGGGGAGGUUAUCCAGGUGCUUUGAUGACAUACUAUUCAACUGAACUUGUUCAAUCACCACUACACUUUCCAUCUGAUCUUUUUGAGCAAAUGGAUUGUUCUCAUUUUUUACCUCCAACUUCAUUGAUAUACAAAGACAUUCCAGGAUUUACAUCUGACUCUACACCAUUUACUGAUGAUUACCUUUCAUUUAUUCCAAUUGUGACUGAAUGUAAUUCUAUUAAAACAAUAAAUUACCAUAUUUUGUUACCAACAUUUUUUGGUAAGUUUGAUGGAGUAAAAGCAAAUGAAUUAAAAAUCCCAGGACCAUUACGAGCUAAGUUAGCAAUAGGAGAAUCUAUCAAAUUAGGAAAUGGUAAUGUAGUUAAUCCUUCAGAUGUCUGUGGACAACCAUCAUCACCUGGGUAUUUAAUUGUUCUUCAUUUUCCAACAACUGAUCAUGUUAAUGAAUAUUUAAAAAAGGAAUUAGUGAAUAAAGUGUGUUGUAUAGUUGCUAUUAUCAAUGAUGCUGUAAAAGAUUAUCAGCCAUUUAAAGACUUUAUUGCAAAACAUUCAACAUCUUUAGUUCUGUUCUUAAAAGAUAGAAUUUCUUCUUCAGCCAAUGAAAUAAUCAAGAAUGUACAAUAUACUUCUUUUAGAAUGACGAGUGAGUUACAUAAAUCAAUAAGUUCAAUUCUUCCACAAAAUGCUCCAUCUUUUAUUCGAGCAAAAACAGUUCCACUUAUUAUGCCAACUAAUAAUUGUAAAUACUUUGAGGACACUCCUUCAUUAAUACAAUACACAAUAUAUCCUAAAAUUAAAUAUACACUAAUCAAAAGAGAACAAACCUUUAUUAUUCCUCAAAACCAACCACUUUAUUCUCCUUUAGGAAAUAAGUUCCAAGUAAUAUUAUUUGGAACUGGUGGUGCUGUUCCUGGAAAAGCAAGAAAUGUUUCAGGAGAAAUAAUACGGUUUAAUAAAACAACUAUAAUGAUUGAUUGUGGAGAAUGUAUUGCAUAUCAAGUUGUCAAUUCUGGAAUUCAUCCAGACGAUAUUAAUAUAUUAUAUGUAACACAUAAUCAUGGAGAUCAUAUUUUUGGAAUUAUGUCAUUACUAAAGAUGAGAACAAAACCACUUACUAUUAUUGGUCCACGGUCAAUGGAAAAAGGAUUUAAUUUAUUAUGUCAACACUAUCAUAUAAAAAUCAAUUUUAUUAAUAACAAUAUAUUUUCUGAUGAUUGUGUCGAUAGAAAUAAAGAAUCAAUUAUUCAAAAUAUAGAAACUAAAAUCGGUGCACGUAUUAUUACUGUGAAAUUAAAUCAUCAAGCUGAAAAUUAUGGAAUAAGAUUUGAAAUUAAUGGAACUUCAGUUGUCUUUACUGGAGAUACAUUACCUUGUUUAAAUGAUAAAAAGUUAUGCAUGAAUGCAGACUAUGUUAUUCAUGAAUGUAAUUUUGAAGAUGGAAUGGAAGGGGAAGCAAUUAAUAGAACACAUUCAACUCCUUCUCAAAUAGAAGCAAUGUUAAAAGACUGCAAUAAUAAGGUUAUUAUAUUGAAUCAUAUUGGACAAAGAACUUCUAAAUUUGCUGAUAUCAUGAAAAAAGAAUAUUUAAUACCAAUGAUUUAUUCAUUUGAUGGAAUGGUAUUUGAUGACACAUUAUCAACAAACUGGAAACAAUAUAAAGAGUAUUUACUUUCUUUCUUCUCAUUAAAUGAAAUAGAUGAAGAAAAUGAUUAA